CUGAUAGCAGGCGGACGCGUUGGUGCGCCACUCUCCACGCUCGAAACGUUGCGGCUGGCGCACGCGCGCGCGCGCUCGCACCCGCUCGCUCAUUGCCAACUACCAAACGGGUUUGUCCGAAAAGUCCAAGUCAUACAGUACGGGUUUAGUUUUUCUCCCGAGCAGUCCGAAGCAGUUCGCUUUGAUUGAUAGGACGGUGCGAUUUGAGAUUGUGCGAACGCAUUUGUAACACAUAGUUGCAAACCGGCAGGGCCACCAAAAAUGAAAAUGCCCAAAUGAGAGACAGCAGACAGUGAUCGCGAGCUAGUGACUUUUGGAAAUGCAUUCGUGGAGAAACUAAAACGCAAAAACGAUUUCGUGUCCCGACGGGGUUGCAGCUGCCGUCAUCAGCAAAUGAGGAGCGCCUCGCUAAUCACAGUGUUGUAUUGUGUUGCAAUUUAGCCGUUCAGUGAGUUUUUAAAUCGAACUUAAAUAGCCAAGUCCGGCAAAUUGGUAUAACAGAAAAACAAGCUUCCGAAAUCUAAUUGUGAUGAAGCAGUGCAGUUAAGAAACAAAAAACCCUCAAUCGAGAAAGGUUCGUCGCUUCCAUCCGCUAUCUCUUCCUGCUGUAACGAAAAACAAAAAGAGCUUAGGUUCGUCGCCUACGUCCGUGCACGCAUUAAACGCACAGCCAAACAAACCGCCCCGCCACACAAUGCAGCUAUCGUCAUCGCUUAGCGUGCUGCUCGUGCUGCUGCUGCUGCUGUGCCACGAAAACAAAUUCCACCGGUGGAAGGUGAACGGGGCGAUCAGUGCGUUCCAGCCGACCAUCUUCGACAAUGCGCAGUGGCGCGUCAUCUUUCACCUCUACCGGAACGUCACGAUGAUGAUGGCCGGCCGGACCGGCUACAAGACGAGCGGCAAGUUUCUGCAGAAGAAAAUCCCGGAAAGUGUGGCGUUCCCGUGCGAUGUGGCGGUCGGCCGCAGCCCGGAACCACCGACCAGCGUGCACAAGCUGCGCCCCGGUGACAUAAACGUGGUGGCCGCGAUCGGCGAUUCCGUCAUCACUGCCAGCGGUGCAUCGGCCACCAGCUUCCUGCAGCUGUACACCGAAAACCGGGGCCUGUCCUGGUGCAUCGGUGGCCAGUGGGGUUGGCGCAACGCAACCACCCUGCCGAACAUACUGAAGAUGUUCAAUCCGAAGCUCGUUGGAUAUUCGUACCGCGACUCGUACAGCUUCCACUGGGACUCGCAGUUUAACAAUGCGGAGAUAGGGGCCGUCUCCAAGGAGCUGCCGCACAUGGCCGCCCAGAUGGUGACGCGCAUUCGCACGGACAAGCGCGUCAACUUCCAGAAGGACUGGAAGUUGCUGACGAUCACGAUCGGUGGCAACGAUAUCUGUGCGUACGUGUGCACCCUGCAGGAUCCGGAAUCGCUCCCGCUGCAGCACCGGCGGUCGCUGCUAAAGAUGCUGCGCUAUCUGCGUGACAAUUUGCCGCGCACGCUCGUUAACAUCGUGUCCGUGCCGGACGUGUCGACGGUGGUGUCGAUCAAGAAGAAGCCAAUGAUGUGUUGGAUCCUGCACCAUGCCGAGUGUCCGUGUUGGGUUGGUCCACUGCACAACUCUACCAAAGAAUCGAGAGCAAGAUGGGCUCGAAUACAAACGCAGUACCGGAAGGUAGAAGAGGAAGUCGCCAUGCUGGACGAGUUCCGGGGGCUCGAUGAGUUCGCCGUCGUACAUCAACCGUGGACGAGAAACCUUUCGCUCAUGAAAGGAAACGAGGUCGACUACACACUACUCUCGUACGACUGCUUCCAUAUGAGUCAGAAAGGCCAUGCACAAGCGGCCGUUGCCUACUGGAACAAUCUGCUGGAACCGCCGGGCAAGAAGAGCACGGGCUGGAAGCCGGGCAUCGACGGCUUUCGUUGCCCUUCGAAGGAGUCCCCCUACAUCUACACCUACGACAACAGCUAGGCGCUAGCGCAGGCGUAGCCAUACUACCACACAGACACACACACACAUACAUUAGGGGAAUACACACAUACGAAACGGGGAAAGCACAGCAAGGGUUGUUUUAGGUUAAAUAAAAGUCCGGUUCCGAAAAUAUA